AGUAUAAAUAGAAAAGAUGAAAACACGUCCGUUGGGGGCCACAACGAGCACAGCAUCCUUUCGGGCCAAGCAGAAGGAUGCGGGCAGGAUGACGGGCGUCGGCGGUGGGAUACUCUGCGAACGGGAGCGGAAGCACGAGGCGGCCAUGCGGGAGCGGGAGGAGCAACUGAAGCGGGAAAAGGCGGCCACAGCGGCGGCAGCAGCGGCGGCUCAGCGGGUGCGGCAACAUCGCAAGAUCGCCGGAAUGCUGGAGAGGGAUCAGGCGCCGAAGAACCGGAUCACUCAUCCCAGAGAGAAGUACGAUCCGGGGGGAUUUCGAUCGGGCAAGAUUGGAGCUUAUACCGGAUACCAGGCUGGAAGAUAUCAUGGGGGAGCCGGCCAUGGAGCAUGCUUUCAAACCCCAGGAGUCCAAGGACUAUAUCACGCAGCCGCUCAUGCCAGAGUAGUUCAGGGAGAUGCAGGCUAUGGAAGAUUUGGAGUUAGAGGAGGAUAUCUAGGAAAAGGAGGCCCAGGUGGUAGAGCAUUUCAUGGAGCUCAUGGAUCGGUAGUGAAGCCAGUAAUUCCUCCGCCAGAGCCCCCAAAAGAGAAGCCGAAAGAGGACCCGAAGGAGAAGCCGAAGGAGAAAUCGAAGGAGGAACCGAAGAAGGAAUCGAAGAAGGAACCAGAGAAGGAAUCGAAGGAGGAACCGAAGAAAGAACCUCCUAAAGAGCCAGUGGAGCAAAAGGAAGACCCUAUCCCACCCAUAGAACCUACUCCAACCAACCAGCCCGUGGAGAAGGCCCCGAAUUCCGAUCCCAAGCCCCAAAAUCCCGAUCCCAAGCCCCAAAAUCCCGAUCCCAAGCCCCCUAAUCCAGAUCCCAAGCCCCUAAAUACCGAUCCAAAAGCCACCGACUGCGAGUACCGAGCCGAACGCCUCAGGACCCAACUGGAGGAUCUAUCGCAACUCUCCGAGCAGGACUUCGAGCUGGGAUUCCGCAAGUGGCUCGACCAGGAGGGCAUCGCCCGCGAAAUGCACUCCCACCUCCGCGUGGAGCUCAUCAACUGCUUCAACAACACCGCCCUCGGGCAGCUCCUCAACAAGGCAGCCGGCCUCCAGAUGGCUCAAUCCCAUGCCCUGUUCCUCUCUCCCCUGGCCCUGUCCUUGCACACGCUGGUGGCCGAGUUCCUGCACUCCCACAACUGCCACUUUACCCUCUCUGUGUUCUGCAGCGAGAUGCCGCAUCGCCAAGCUCUGCCGAACUUUGAGAGUCGACCGGAGUUCACGUUCAAGACAGCAGAGCUCGAGGCGGUGAUGACGGCGGUGAUGGGCGGCGAGGACAUGCCAGCGGACCUGGAACUGAAUCGACUGGUGGAGGCGCAUUAUAGCGAGAAUCUGGCGGGACAAACGCAGAGCCUGCUCAUGGCUCUGAUGAGGUCCCUGGUGGAGGUGCGAAGGGAGGCCACUAAGGAGAAGCCACAGCCACAGCCGGAGUCAGAGAAGCCUGUACCAGAGGAGACAGUGCCAUCCAUUAUCCUCGUAACAUCCUCCUGCCAGACAGAACCCUCAACCAUCCUGGAGAGGCAUCCCGAGGUGGACACCAGUCGCCUCUUCCAGGCCGAGGAAACCGAUCUUUUUGUGGGCGCCGAUGGGAGGAGCGUCUUUUUAGGACCUCGGGUCUCCCAAGCCCUGCACGCCGUAGAGCACCAGUUGGGCCAGUUGAUGUGCCAGCUCCGCCACCUAUCCAAGUCCUGCGUGCCGCCCGUCGAGGUGAUCUCGCACAGUUCCUUCGAGCAGCUACUGCAACGUGAGCUCCGGGAACGUGAGCGUCUCACCCGCGCCGGCGAGUCCUUUAAUCCCGCCGAGCUGGUCAUCAAGCUGCCGCCACCACCACCCGAAAAGAAGGCAACAAAAAAGCACGAGGAUGUGGUGUACUCCGAUCUGGGGCCCAUCAUUCUGCCCGUCGAGAAUGUCACGGUUCCGCGAAUGCCUGUCCUUCAUCCGGAGCAGCUCUCCAGUAUGGCCGUAGUCCGGCAAUCACUGGAUCAGCUCCAUAAGAAGGCCAGCCAGCCGCAGAGCAGGAUGUACGUGUCCGUGGAACGGAUGGAGGCCCUUGCGGGCGAGUUCUGUGGCUGCAUGCAGUUGCUGGGCAAUAUCCUGAACCUGUCCAUGGAGCAGGAGCAUGCGGUUGGUCGGAACAAGGGCUUCGCCAUUGGCUACGAGGAGGGGUUCACUCACGGACACUUCAUGGGCCUCCAGGAGGGGCAGCAGAAGGAGCAGCACGAGAGGGCCCAAAAAAAGAAGAAACUGGAACGGGAGAAGGAAAAGGAGAAGGCGAAGGAGAAAGAAAAGGAUAAGAAUAAGGAUAAGGGACAUGACAAAGAAAAGGUCAGAGAGAAGCUGCGGGAGAAGAAGGACCCUGUCCGGGAGCGGAGAGACUUCUCCCAGCAAAAGGACACACCCGGCAGGAGUGUAGCCACUCAAACCUCCAAGAGGAGAACCCACUUAAAGACCGCAAUCAUUCAAACGGAGGGGAAGACCUGUCAGGAUGCCGGCAACCAAGCCAGCUCCCGGGAGGUGUAUAAGGAUCCUCUCCAGAAAUCCAACCACGAUCAGAAAUCCUACGAGCAGUGGAUCGACGAAAUGCUGAACAGCACCAGUGGCCAGAUAUUCCUCGAGAGGGUGGAGCUGUCCUUGAACAAGGCCCUCGAGCUGCAAAAGAAUAGGCUGGACGAGCUCUACCAGGUGAAGUUGCGCCAUCAGGCCGAGAUGAUGAGGCUCAGCAGGCGCCAGAGCUCCUGGCGGACUCUCUGCAAGCGCGUGGAACAAGACUCGCACUCCUCGACCGAGGCCAAGGACCUCGUCCAGAAGAUCUUCCGCCUGCUGGAGCACUACGAGUCGCAUCACCAGAUCCUCUCCGAGAAGAUCCAACAGACCGAGCAGGCCGCCGAACAGGCCACUCGCAUCGUGCCCCUGUGGAACGACCAGAACCACGUGAGCUUUGGCAACUGGAACUCGAUAAUCUCCUCCAGCUUAGUGUCCUCCAGUGGCGUCUCCACACCCCACGCUCGUCCUUCCAACCGCAGUCUCGCUCCGAAAGGAGCUGCCAUAGAAGCUGCUGUGACGCCGCAUGUCCGACAUCCUUACGGCGAUACUGUCUAUCCUGCUGUGACCUAUCCUUGCCAGGUUGUGGCGGUGCCUUCUGCGGGUCAUGACAGCUAUAUGCCAAUAGAGUCUCGGUAUUCCGCCAAUCCUGCUAUUAUGCAAGGUCCUGCAGGACUAAGUCUACCGGCCUUGGAAGGUGUGCCAGCUAUUAAAGGUCCUUUAGGUAGUACAGGAAGUCCUGAUGAGAGUCCACCAAGGGUAGAAGGUGGCGUAGGUGUGCCAGCUAUUGGAGGUCCUACAGGUAGUACAGGAAGUCCCGAUGAGAGUCCACCUAGAGUAGGAGGUCUUGAAAUCGCAGAAACAGCUCGCACUUCACAAGAUCCUGUCCCAGUCAUUCCUGUGAUGGCUCCUCCUACAAAUAGCAACCAAAGAGAUCCUGAUCCUGGCCGCCCUGCCAUGCAGAAUGCGGCCACCAACACCAUGCCGCCGCCCCCCACCACCACCACUCGAUCUUCUCAAGCUCCAAGCUUCGAGGAGGCUCUCCAAAGUGCCAAAAAUCGGAUGCUGCAGCUGGAACAGGAGAGCGAUCUCCUUGAGAAGAGCUUCCUCAGUUACUUGGAGAAAACCAAGCCCAAGCCCCAAACGCCGCCAAAGUCUAGUCCCCAGAAACCGCGCCGGGAUACCGAGGAGAAGGAAGCGCGACGCAAGCUCCGGUCCAGUUGCCAGAGGGAGCGCGAGCAGAUUAAUCGAUCCUUGGACCAUUACCGGGACUGGCAGCGGAAAGUGCGCCGGGAGGAUGCCAUCAGUGUGGCGCAGCUGGAGGAUCUGCAAAAGGAUCGCAUCCUGCCCAAAAUGGUGGACUCGAAGCGCUCCUCGCCGUUGUGGCUGUCGGAACCGGAAGAUGGCCAGCAGGAUAAGUAUCCAUUCACUAAUGCCAUUGCCGAGGCGAGGGAGAAGCUGCUGGGCGAGAUCCGACACGACAAGCGAGAGGAUCCAGGGAUUCUCAGAAUGGAGCAGCCAGAGCUGCAGGAUCAGCUUCUGGAUAAGCAAGAGGAUUGGCUGGCACCACUACCUCCAGUCGAGAUUCCAGUAUUGCCACGAUUACCGGAGUCUUUCAAGAGUCCAGCACUGCCCUUCAAGCCGUCGGAACAGCGGGAACCGCUCCUCUCGCUCACUGACCUGGACCAUUCCAGAAGCAGUCGCAGCAGCGGGGAGCUGAGCCUGCUCUUCCGACGCGCCAAGGAGGCCCUUGGCCUGACCUCUGAACCCAAUCCCCUCCUGGACUCGAGCAGCGAUAGUUCCAGUUUCGAUUUGGCAGAUGGAACUGCUCCAUUGGCCUCGGCUGCUCCAUUUCAGAGGGGCUCUCCCAGCCAGAAGCUGCAACGUUCCAUGGCCAAGAUGCAGUUGCUCUUUGGUGGCUCGGGAAUCGACAAGGAUCCGAUUUCUGUGCCACUACCGAGUAAAGUGCGUCCUGUCAGUGCUCCCACAGCUGGUUCGGGAUUGAGAGAGAGUCUCCGUCUGGGUCCAUCUGCUGUUCCACGUCCCCAAACGGCUCCGGUUUCAGCUCCUCCGAUUGUGACAUCUCUUCCUGGUUUGGAUUCUCUUUCUGGUGUGGGUGCUCUUCCUGGUGUGUCAACUCUAGCUGGUAUUCCUCAUCUUCCGGCAAUUUCUUCUCUGUCCGUCACUCCUAACCUUCCAGGGAAAGCCCCACCCCCAGUUACACGUCCUCCGGCCCUCCACCUGGACAUCUCCACCUCCAGUUCCACGCCCAGCAGUCUCUCCAGCAAAUCCCCAGCCCUUGCGUUCCAGGAUCUGGUGGCCGAUGCCGUAAUGGGCCCCGACACCACGCCGGAGGUGUCCUUCAGCCAGGAGUUCUGGAAGCGCGUCAAUCUGUGAAAAAAAAAUCGUAAUC